AUGGAGCGAGACUUCACAGUCCUCUUCCGCGUCCGACCCUCCUUCCUCCCGACUACCUCUUCACCACCUCUCAUCAGCACCGAUGACUCACAAACCCAAGCCACCGUCCUCGAGCCGCGCACAAACAUACACACGAGCGCCACGCACACCGAGCAUGCCUUCACCUCGGAUCAAUGCUACCUCCCUUCCGCGCAGACCGAAGACCUCUUCAGCACACACGUCGAGCCUCUGAUUCCAUUCGUCCUCUCUGGCGGCUACGCCACCGUCCUUGCCUAUGGUCAAACCGGCAGCGGCAAGACGCAUACCCUCUCCGCAUGCUCUCGCCUCGCCAUCACCUCGCUCUUCGCCUCCAACGCUGACAAGUGCGAUGUCACCCUCCAAGCCAUCGAGAUCUACGGCAAGAACAAGGUCAACGACCUUUUCGACGCUUCCAACGCACGCGUGCUCAUCGCCGAGAACAUCGCCGGCAGCAGCACCUUCGCGAAAGCCACGACAAAGACGGUGCUGACAGCAGAAGAAAUGCUGGCGCAGGUGGAGGGCGCGUGGGCCCAACGCAUCACCAGGGGCACCGAAAAGAACCCGCAGAGCUCGCGAAGCCACGCAUUGAUACGCAUCAUGUGCCAGCCAAAGAGGGACAAGAACGCAACGCCGGGAGUGCUCCAGCUGGUCGACCUGGCGGGAUCGGAGAGGGCUGCGGAUCACUCGCCCGCCUCAGGCGCAACGAGCAACGCGACCCGAAUGGCAGAGACCGUUGCAAUCAACACGAGCCUCAUGACGCUCAAGAGCUGCAUUCGUGCCCGCACUUCACCUGCACCACCGCCGACGACGGGCAACGCUGGAGCGGCGGCACCGCACAUUCCCUUCCGAUCCAGCAAGCUCACCCUGGCGCUCAAGGAAGCUUUCGAUCUGUACUCGAGGCAGCCCACACACACGCUGUUCAUCGCCACCGCCAGCCCGGAUCAAGUGGAUAUCGCUGCCACGCUCAACACUUUCAGAUACGCUUCGGCGCUCGUCUCCUCCCCGCAUGCGAGGAUCGAGCUGCAGCCCGACCCGUUGGGCCGCAACGUCUUCUUCUGGUCCUCCGCCCGACUAUCCGAGUGGCUCCUCAAGUACGGUGCACCCAUACUCAGCUCCAACAACGUCGCAGGCCUGGUCGACGGCAUAGAUGGUGCUCGCUUCGCAAAACUUCCAGAGGGCGACUUUUACGCCCGCAUCCAGAAUGCUUCCACCGGUCCCUGGGGAGGAAAGCAAGAGGCUGCAGCAAAGGAGCUUUACCUCAAGUGGUGGAAGCUCGUCAUCGCCAGCAGGACACUGAGUCAGAAGGCGCUCGAGGAACAGUGGAAGUUGCGACAGGCGGAGAAGGUGAGAGCGGAGGAGGAGGAGACGAGGCAGGAUAAAGAAGUACAGCGGCUGAUGCGGUUGCCCGGAAUCGCUGCUGCUCCGACCACCGCCUAG